AUGGGAUUAUUUAUUCCAACUAAUAAAUUGCACAACCUAAAGUUGUACAAAUAUCAAUCGGAAGACCACUCAUUGAUUUCGAAAUAUAUCUUGAAAAAAUGGUGGAACUACUUUGUUCAAAUAUUCCCCUUAUCAAUGGCACCUAAUUUAAUCACUUUGCUUGGAUUAUUCUUUGUUUUGGCCAAUUUAAUGGUUGUAUUCUACUAUGACCCUUACCUAAAUUCAACACAACCCAACUGGUGCUACUUUUUUUAUGCAUUUGGAUUGUUUAUGUACCAAACAUUUGAUGGUUGUGAUGGGUGUCAUGCGAGAAGAACUGGGCAGAGUGGGCCCCUUGGUGAAUUGUUUGAUCAUUCAAUUGAUGCCAUAAACACCACAUUGGCAUCAAUUGUAUUUGCCAGUGUAAUGAAGAUGGGGUAUGGUGGGUUAUUAAUGUUGUCGCAAUUUGCAUCGGUGUGUAAUUUUUAUACAUCGACUUGGGAAGAGUAUCACACUCAUAAAUUGUUUUUAUCGAAGUUUUCCGGUCCUGUGGAAGGAAUAUUAAUGAUUUGUGGUGUAUACGUAAUCACUGGUAUUUUGGGACCUGAUAUUUGGGAUGUUGAAUUGUUUACUUUGAAUUUGACAUCUUUAGGAUAUGGCAAUUAUCAGAUAAACAGUUCAAUAAUUUACGUUGUACUUGGAUUGGGGUCGUUAUAUUUCAACAUUAUUUCUGCUAUGCAAAAUGUGGCAAAACAUUAUGAAGCUAAAGAUGGUGAAGAUUCCAAAAAAUCAAAGUCUGAAAUUGAUGAAGCUUAUAAAGGAUUGUAUCCAUUUUUCAUUUAUUACGGAGUUGUAAUUUUAUAUUGUUGGUUUUAUCCACCAGUCAUUUCGGAAUUUGGAUUGCCAUUGAUUUUAUCUAUUGGAUGCACCAUUGCAUUUUCAGUAGGGCGAAUCAUUUUGGCUCAUUUGACUUUACAAGAGUUUCCAUGUGUACAAAUUCCAAUGUUUGUGCCCAUUGGACAAUUGAUCUUGAGUAAAAUCUUGAUUGAUAUAUAUGGAUACAAUGCUGGAAAAGUAUUGGAUGCUGUUAGUUGGUUAGGUUUUGGUGUUACUUUGGGUAUACAUGGAAUCUUUGUUGCUGAAAUCAUUACCGAAAUCACUCAAUAUUUGGACAUUUACGCCUUGUCGAUUAAGCAUAAACGGGCAUGA